AUGAAAAUACUGGACCAACACUGCAUAAAAGAGAACAAGAAAGCAGUAUUGUCAAAUCACUUGGAUGCUGUUCUUUCUGAAUAUGACUUCCUCUACUUGCCCAUAGAUUUCGUGAGGAGGGGCAACUUGGGUUAUGCUUUUGUCAACUUCACAACUUGGAUUGCUGCCAUGAGAUUUUACAAAUCUUUUGACAAAUUAAGUUGGAAGGAGACAAUGUUCAUUGACUCGCCCAAAAUCUGCGAAAUUUGUCCUGCAAGAAUUCAGGGCAAGGAUGCACAUGUAGGCCACUUUAAGCGCUUUUACUUCAAGUGUGACACGGACGAGUUCUUGCCAAUUUCAUUUUCUCCACCUCGGAAUGGUUCUACUUCACGUACUCUCCCUACAGUCCAUGGUCAGCGUCAAGGCUAG